CUCCGUACGGCACACACAGCUGAAGACGGUACGUGCCUCGGCCCGGUCCGGUAAAAAACACCGUAAAUCCGCGUGUUCCCGCGGUUUGUAACGUUAGCGCUGUCCACUGUGUGUUUCAGAAACAUGCCGGCUAAAGGUCCCCUGCAGUCUGUCCAGGUGUUCGGACGUAAAAAAACCGCCACAGCAGUCGCCCACUGCAAGAGGGGGAAUGGCCUGAUCAAGGUGAACGGCAGACCCCUGGAGAUGGUGGAGCCCGCCACCCUCCAGUACAAGCUCCUGGAGCCCGUGCUGCUGCUCGGCAAAGAGCGUUUCGCCGGAGUCGACAUCAGAGUCAGAGUGAAGGGAGGCGGACACGUCGCACAGAUCUACGCUAUCCGUCAGGCCAUCUCCAAAUCCCUGGUCGCCUACUACCAGAAGUAUGUCGACGAGGCCUCCAAGAAGGAGAUCAAGGACAUCCUGAUCCAGUACGACAGGACCCUGCUGGUCGCCGACCCUCGUCGCUGCGAGUCCAAGAAGUUCGGUGGACCUGGAGCUCGUGCCCGCUACCAGAAGUCCUACCGUUAAUCCCCCUGUACACUUUCGUAAUAAAUGGAAGAACAAAAAA